AAUCAGAGCUUGUUUGCUUCCUCCUGGUUCAGAGGGUUCAGCGUAAUUGUCGACCAAACGAAGAGGACAAAGAAACCCUCUCUCUUCAGACUCUCUCUCAUAAAUAUCGGUCACUAACGUUAACGCGAACACGUACUCUCUCUCUCCUCUGUUGUUCAGGUGCUCUGCCAUGGCGGCGGUAGGUCAAAUCUCAGCGGGAAUGUCAGCGAAUCGCGCUCUGUCUUCCUCCAGGAACAUCGGAGGCGUCCCCCCGUCGCUGCGGCGUUCCCUGAUCGGAGCCGGCGGCCGAUGCGGCGUCGCUCCGAGACGGACCUCUCCCUGCAUCAGGUCGAUUAGGAUUGCCGACGAUAGCCGGCAAGUGAAGGCUUCGGCGGAAAACGGCGCUCUUGACGUCGGAGAGCUGGAUUCUUCAAUGAGUUCAUAUGAACUGGUAGAUCCAAGAAUAAGAACAGAGUCAGGCAGAAAAACGAAGAUAGUGUGUACAAUUGGACCCUCCACGAGUUCUCGUGAAAUGAUAUGGAAACUUGCUGAAACAGGAAUGAACGUAGCUCGUUUGAAUAUGUCCCAUGGAGACCAUGCUUCCCACCAGAAAACCAUCGAUAUUGUGAAGGAAUACAACUCUCAGUUUGCAGAUAGAGCCAUUGCCAUAAUGCUGGAUACAAAGGGACCUGAGGUCCGAAGUGGGGAUGUACCUCAGCCGAUUUUUCUAAAAGAGGGUCAAGAGUUUAACUUUACCAUCAAGAGAGGUGUCUCGAGCGAAGACACUGUCAGCGUAAAUUAUGAUGAUUUCAUUAACGAUGUCGAAGUUGGAGACAUAUUAUUGGUAGAUGGUGGAAUGAUGUCAUUGGCUGUGAAAUCAAAGAUGGGCGAUUUGGUGAAAUGUGUAGUAAUUGAUGGGGGAGAGCUAAAAUCAAGACGACACUUGAAUGUUCGAGGAAAGAAUCCCUCCGACCAUUCCCGGAACCACAAAGAUUGGGAAGACAUUAAGUUUGGAGUGGAAAACCAAGUCGAUUGCUAUGCCGUCUCUUUUGUUAAGGAUGCUAAAGUUGUUCAUGAGUUGAAGAAUUACCUCAAAAGUUGCAAGGCGGAUAUUAGUGUGAUCGUGAAAAUCGAAAGUGCGGAUUCUAUACAGAAUCUUCAUUCCAUCUUAUCCGCUUCUGAUGGGGCAAUGGUUGCUCGUGGAGAUCUUGGAGCUGAACUUCCCAUUGAAGAGGUCCCAUUGUUGCAGGAAGAGAUCAUUAGGAGGUGUAGGAGCAUGCAAAAGCCUGUGAUUGUUGCCACAAACAUGCUAGAGAGCAUGAUCGAUCAUCCUACGCCUACAAGAGCCGAAGUCUCUGACAUUGCAAUUGCUGUUCGUGAAGGAACUGAUGCAAUCAUGCUUUCUGGUGAAACAGCGCAUGGAAAGUAUCCCCUGAAAGCUGUGAAAGUAAUGCAUACAGUGGCAACGAGGACUGAAGCAAGUCUACCUGUCAGAACAUCGGCAAUAGGUGGUGCCUACAAGGUGCACAUGGGCGAAAUGUUUGCUUUCCAUGCUUCUAUAAUGGCGAAUACCCUCAAGACACCGAUAAUUGUAUUCACUAGAACUGGAUCCAUGGCCGUGCUUUUGAGCCAUUACCGUCCCUCCUCAACCAUAUUCGCCUUCACAAACCAGAGAAGGAUAAUGCAAAGGCUGGUUCUUUAUCAAGGAGUCAUGCCCAUAUUCAUGGAGUUCUCUGAUGAUGCAGAAGAUACAUUUGCUCGGGCUCUGAAACUUUUACAGGACAAGGAGAUGCUGAAGGAGGGACAACAUGUAACUCUUGUCCAAAGCGGAGCACAACCCAUCUGGCGUGAAGAAUCAACUCAUGUCAUUCAAGUCCGCAAGAUUAAAAUCGGGUGAUUCUUCUUCUACUUUCUCUGAGCUUCUUCCCCAUUUUCAUUUUUUUAGUCUCGGUCUUCUGUCAUGCUCUGCCUACGAUUUUUUUCUUUUAAAUCAUUCACAGUGAAACCAAGAACCGGUAUACGUUGAGUUCUGGAAGCUUUUAGAAUUUUAGUCUAUGGCAAUUGUCUUAGAUCAUCA